CACGAACGUCGACUCAGGCGCAACUCUGUGUAUUCCGUGUUUUCGCGUAACAUUUUCCUAAUAAGAGCUUGUUUAGGAGGAAGUGUUUUCCGCGUGCAUACGAGUUUUAAAUUUUAAAAGACUAGCAGUAUGCGUGACAAGUUCUGAGAUCCGUCUGUAUAUCGAUUAAACAGACAAAUUGGAUGUGCUUAAAUAUGUGUGAAUUCAAGAAGCUUGUGACAAUUUUAGUGUUAGUGAGUGCAGUGGGUGCUAGUAAUGACACUGUGCGAAAUGGCUCGCGAAUGGCGUGGAUGAAAGAUUUAUUGGACCAUCAUGACUGGUUAGAAUUGCUUAGUGCUAACCGAACAGUGUCCCCUGAGUGCGAAGCCGAUUUGAAAACGUAUAUCAACGCUCUCAAUGCUGGAGAGCUAUGGGCUUCGAAGAUAUACGAUGCAUCAGGCCAGUACAGCCCAAACAUUCUCUUCGGCAACGAGUACUGGCUGGGGUCGCAAAACGCUUGUUACGACCUCCAACUCAAGGAGUACUACGACCAAGUGCCACCAUUCCCCACCACCUUCUACGUGGCCAAGAUCAACUUGACUGUCGAUGGAGAUCAUAUACCAAUGACAAGAUCAAUGCUGGUGGGGCAAUGUAUGCCGUUAUCCUGUGACAACAAAGCCGUCCAGGCUUUACUACUAGCUGCCGAGACGAUUGCUGCCAACCGUGCUUUAGUAGCCAACAUCACAGCCACAGCACAAACACUUUACGUGCGCCCUGUACCUGGACCAUACAAUUUUCUUGAAGAUUUCAAGUUUCACAUCAUAGGGGCAGUCAUCAUUGUAGUUUCGUUAUGGAUGUUGGCGGCAUCUUUCUACGAAGCUCAGCUGGAGCGGCGGUAUAGAUCUGAACAGAAACAUGAUCUUGAACUCGCCAACAACAAUCAUAAGCUACCACCUAAUUCUCCUAGCUGCAAUGACAGUAUUGGAGAAGAAAUUAAAGACAAGGACCUUCGACGAGAGAGAUGUGGUGUGUGGUCGGAAAUUCUGCUAUCGUUCUCCAUACUAUCAAACGGGAGAGCUAUUCUUAGCACCCGUCGCCCCAACGACGGAGCUCUAACCUGCCUACAUGGAAUGAGGUUCUUGUCAGUGUUAUGGGUAAUAAUGGUACAUACGUACUUAACAAUAUUUUACAUAGCAGACAAUAAACAAAUGAGAGUCGUCACAGAGAGGAACUUUUUAUACCAAUCAGUUGGUAAUGCUUCAUACUGUGUUGAUACCUUCUUUUUUAUUAGUGGCCUGUUAGUAACCGUACUAUUCCUACGCACCGAAGAUAAGAAAACCAAACGUAAAACCGAGAAAAGAGAUAAAGAUGUGAACAAAAAUAUCAAUAGCUAUACCAACUCCGCCUUAUCAGUAUCCAUAAGCGAACAAUCCUUUUACGAAGAUGUCUUGGAUAAGCCCAAAUCGAGGAUAGAGCUCUCCCGAAUGACACGAUCUUUCUUCGUCCUACUUUCAUAUAGAUUGGUGAGACUGACGCCAGCAUACGCCUUCGUUAUAGGAAUAAACGAACUAGCUUUACGAUACACGCAUAACCAUACAGUGUUCGAGCCGGCCAUCUUUGACCACAUCACAUGUGAGAAAUAUUGGUGGAGGAAUGUGCUGUAUAUUAACAACCUGUUCCCGCAGAAGGACAUGUGCAUGGUGUGGUCUUGGUAUAUGGCCAAUGAUACGCAAUUUUACGUCGUUGGUAUUAUACUGCUGUUAAUUUCGGUUAAGCACAUGAAGGUCGCGACAAUUUCACUCGGUUUGGUUCUGGCAAGCUCUUGGAUAACAACCAUAUACAUAUCAGUAUGGCACCAGUACAAAGCUCGGAUUCAGGAACCCUUCGAAAUGUUCGAUCCACUUUACGACAAGCCGUGGUCGAGGAUUGGACCGUACUUGAUCGGUAUGAUGGUGGGCUGGUAUUUACACAGAACAAAGUGUCAAGUGAAAAUACCUUACUGGAUGGUGGCUAUUGGAUGGCCUGCAUCUAUCGUAAUCAUUGGAAGCCUCAUUUUCGGCAUGGUGGAUGGGUAUUUUGAAGUUUGGCCUACAGCCUUCUACAUUAGCGUUGGACAUACGGCAUGGGGAGUGGCACUCGCCUGGGUGGCCAUAGCUUGUUGCUGUGGCUAUGGUGGUCUCGCGAACUCUCUGCUGUCCUACAACGGAUGGUUACCAUUAAGCCGACUCACAUACUGCGCAUAUCUUGUACAUCCAACCAUCAUGAUGUACACCUCCUUCUUGCUCGAUGGACCUCUUCAUCUUCAAAACUCUAUAGUGAUAACAAUAUACGCCGGGUAUGCAGUUCUGGCGUUUUUAGCCUCGUUCGCCAUUUCUCUCGCCUUCGAAGCACCAGCUGUGAGGCUUUUAAAGAUCGCUAGCGGGGGAGAUAAGAGUAAAAAAGCUCGCUGAUUACACGAAUUGUGUUGAAAUGAGCUGCUAAUACCACAAAUUUUGUACAUAUUUAUAAACAAAAUGUGGAUAUAAAACUCGGUGCCCGUAUUUUAUUUUUUAAGUUACAAACUAUGAAAAUAUUCUACACAAGUUAAAAUUCUAUCUUUGAUUAGAAAAAAACUAUCCGAAAAAUGUACAGACUAUAUUAAUCUUUUCGAAAU